UAGAAGAGGGGGGAGGGAAUGAGACGUGACAAUUAGUCAUGCCACCUCCUCUGUGAGUGUGCGGGAGUGAGGAUGCCGGGCCCGCUGAAUCAGACACUCAGGGACUUCCCACCAUCCAGCAGCAGCAGCAGCAGCACUGUGUGAGUGAGUACCACGCACUGACCCCAGCUCCACCACGCCGCUCAGCAGCAGCUGAUCACGCGCGGCCCGGCCGCUGAUUGGCUCCCUCCAGACACACCUUUGCCGCUGAUUGGCCGACGCUCCCCCCGCCCAGCGCUACCUUGUGGGAGCCUUAGUACAUUGUGAAUGGGAGCAGCUGGGAAGGGAUGAUCAUUAGAGAGAACGCUGCAGCACAGCAGUAUCGCUCACAUCCAGCAGCAGCAGCCGUACACAGGAGGAACUCACUGCUACAUGCAACGAUGCUCAGCUACACGUCCCAUCAUCUGCACAGCAGCAGCAGGCUGGAAAAAAUGGGCAUAGCCGGAAGUAACCGAUGCGGCGGUGCACCGUGGAAAUCUACAGAGAAAGGCGACUUUGAGGCAGUAGAAGCCCUUAUGUACAUGAGCAGCCGCUGGAAGCCUGAGUACAGAAAUUAUGCUGAUUUGAGGCCAAUUACUCCAGCAUCUGAUCUGUCUGAGAAUGAGGACAGCGUGAUGACAUCGGAGUUCUCCACCGCCAUACCGGCCUUUUGCCUAACGCCACCGUACAGCCCUUCAGAGUUUGAGAUGUCACCUUCUCCAGGCGCCAAGUCCAUGUCUCCAGGUCCAGUUGCUGAAAAGAGCCAGCCUACUAAUAAUUCAGGCAACCAUUCAAUAGAAAAUCAUUCACCGAGCCACCAGAAAGCCCAGGUGACAAGCGUCAUCCGCCAUACUGCGGACGCACAGUUCUGCAAUCAACAUCCAGUCAUGCCAAGGCAUUUCGAUAGUCCUACCACAGGUGGCAGCAUUGAGCCAAAAAGUGUACCUAAUGUGGCCAUGCCAAAGGGUCAAAAUGAAAGGUGCGAUCAAAACCAGAUCAAGACUGAAGUCCAGGCGGCACAUACCUUCCUACCUGUAAACGAUCACCCUGGUAGAGUGUCUCCUGCUGGUCUGCAGGCUUGUAAUAGCAAGGCAAGUUCUUCCGAUGCCAGUUUUGUCCCAAUGCAGAUCUCAUCACCGUCGCUACUAGUUUCCACACCAGUUGCUGCAAACACUGUACCGCAGAUGCCCGUCUUUUGUCAGAUGGUUCCCUUCUCUUCCAACAACUCUAUGGUGACCACAGUCCUAUCAAACACUCCCGCUCAACCACCAGCAGUCAUGCAGUCUCUAUUUUAUAUGGGGGCUCCAGUGCCUAAUGGGAGAGUGAUGUUUGUCAUGCCACAGUCUGUAGUGCACACUGCAAAAACUGUUUUGUCCAGCAGCACCAGGCUUUCACCAAUUGCACCCGCACCAGGAGUGGCCCUAUCUGAAGGAAAAGUUUCAGCACAUGUGGAUGCGUCUCGAAUUAGAAGUCAUGUCUGCAGCCAGAAUGGGUGUGGGAAGACCUACUUCAAGAGCUCCCACCUAAAGGCACAUAUGAGAACGCACACAGGAGAAAAACCUUUCAGCUGUAGUUGGGACGGUUGUGACAGAAAAUUUGCCCGAUCUGACGAACUGUCUCGUCACCGCCGAACACACACAGGAGAGAAGAAAUUUGCAUGCCCAAAAUGUGACCGCCGUUUCAUGCGCAGUGAUCACUUGACCAAGCACGCCAGGCGCCACCUCUCAACCAAAAAACUCCCCGCCUGGCAGAUGGAAGUGAGCAGGCUAAGCAAUAUCGCCAUGCCACAGGCCUCGGCUCCUGUUCAGUGAGGGCGUUCGGAGAACUUGCAUCUCUCAACUCAGAGUCCACGGGAUGUCUGUGUGCACCACCGUGAUGACAAAUCACCUUCACUCCUUUAUGGAUGCGAAUCUGGUUAGGACCACCUUUACCAGAGCAAAACGAGGUCCGUGCAGAAAAAGGCGGCAGCAACCAAAAUACACUUUGAGGACUUGGUUUAUUUUCUUUUCUUUUGCACAGGAGAAAAAAUCUAAAGUGCAGAUAGUUGGUGUAGCACUAUGCGGUUGAUAAUGUUGCCAGAAUGUGAUGUGAUUAAUUUGUAGCCAAUGGCGAAUGGUAACGCUUACAAAUCUAUGUAGGCUUGUUAAUACUAACUUGGUAAAAGUGGCUUCAUUUAGGCUACUACAUGGUGCUCUGGAUUGUCUAUUCAGGAAAUAAGUUGUGGUUAACUAUACCAGGGCACCGAGUAACAAUAACCACACGACUUACUAACAGUUCUAGUGAAAUAACGUGUAGUUAACAUACAUAAAAUGUUCUUUAUAUAGGUACAUUUUCUUAGAGGUAACAGAUAUAUUUAUGAGGUUACCGUGCUUUAAGUAAGGGUUCUCGCCUUCCUCAAGUAUCUACGGGGAGGGACUGACUUGAUCUACUUAUCAUUAUUAUGGGACUUUUAAAGGUUGCAUAAUUCUCAGGAAUGGUAAAUAUAGUCUUUUUAAGAUGUUCCCCUCCCAGCCAGUUCUCCUGAACAAAUGCAGGGUACUUGUAUUAAAGGAGUUCGGUUUUUAUUUUUGUUGUUUUUUUUACUUUUUAAAAUAAAUUUGGGUUUACAUACACAAACUACCUACAGAUUACUAGUAACCCAAAACCACUGGUAUCUCUAUGCCAUUCCAUUUGGAUGACCGGCUUACUGUUUUUUUUUCUUUUUCUUUUGACAUUGGUAAGCAAUGGUCAGGAAUGGUAGACGCUGCAUGAACACAUGGAGAUAAGAAUUGCAGUAGAAAAUCUUUCUUUAUAUUCUGCUGUUUUGUGAAAUACACAAUACCAUAUUGAAAACGUUCUAUGGACUUUGGGGAGAUCACCCAAAAAAACUUAGUUUUAAAAAGUUUGUGGCAAACUUUUUUUUUUUUUCUGCCCUUUGCUUAAUAGUAAACGAGGCAGGAGAUUGUUCUAAGAACCUCGAUGCCAUCAGGGUAUGUAAAGGAAAAUGGCUUAUGCCUGUUGGAAUUCAUUUGUCAUUUUUAUAAGCUGGCAAUUUGCAUGGCCACUUUUUGUCAUUUUAUUAUAAAAUUUAACUUUCCGCAUAAUUAGCAGUUUUGGACAGUUUAUUAUUAUUUUUUCCCCAUUAAAGUGCCGUUUGAUAUAUUUCAGAUGGCCUCCGGAAUUUCUCAUUCAUCAAAUAGGAAAACAAAAACAAAGUUAUACUCUGUUGCAGUAUCAAAUAUAAUCUAAUAUACAUUAUUCCUGCUUAUAUGUAUUUAGAAGAAAGCCCUGCAAGUGUACUGGUGAUACCAGUUUUUGCUUAGGCACAUGGGUCUUCGACCUGUGGCCCUCUAGCUGUUGUGAAACUACAUAUCCCAGCAUGCCCUCCCCCAGUUUUAGCAUGUCUUAAUAGCAAAACUGUGGAAGGGCAUGCUGGGAUGUGUAGUUUCACAGCAGCUGGUUGAAGACCCAUGGCUUAGGGGGCUUUUGUAAGUGUUGUCUCUUACAGGGGUAAAGGUAAACUAUGUACCUCCUCACUCACUGUUUACUAAACCAUUACUACUUAAUGUGAUGUACUAAAAGUAAGAAAGGAAGCUGCAGGUUUCAGUCGCUUGAAGUACAUCUUUACUUGUAAUUUAGAGGUUUAUUUGUGCUCUUGUUUGUACCCAACUUCUUUCAGCUGCACUUUGGUCACAAAUGUUUAAAAAGAUGUGAACAGAGGAAUAUUCUAAAUAUAGCUUUAUAUUAGUAAAUUAGUUCCGCGAAUACACAACUGGAUAUUUACUUUUGUGUAUGUGUAUCCAACGCCUACACACCGGAUGUGAACAAUUGUUGCUCUAGACCAGUAUGCAAUCCUAUAAGUUUUCUGGGGAUUUGGUGGCCUUUGAUGUCACCAGUUCCUAGUGAAGAGAUGGGCUGCGUUUGUACGGAAUGGCUGCUCCAAGUCCUGCUGGUGACAGGGACACUUUACAAGGCAUCCAUUGUUUUCUAUUGACUGCUUUAAAGCGUUGUUCAUUCUCGUGAUGGAUCUGUGCACAGGUUUAAUGUUGACCAUUAAUCAAUGUAAGAGGCAUUUUGUGACUAUAUAUAUUUGCACAGUAUUUCAUAUGUUGUACUUUAUACACGUUUAAAAAAUAAAGAACAAUUUUGUAUCA